UGGCUUAAAACAAGACCAGUGAUGAUAUAAAACGAUUUUUGAAUUUUAAUGAUUCAGUGAGCUAAUUUACGAUGUUCAUAUCGUAGCAUUAAAUGCCGCUUACACCACGCGCAAAGACGUAACCACUCUCGCGGUGCUCACUAACUGCCCCCUCUAGUUGUGUCUGUUCUCAUCUCAUCAUCAUCAGGGCGUUUCAACGCUCAGGAGCACAGUAGCUGUCGCCUCUUAUCUCGCAACUACUCCUCCACCCUAAACGGGACAGCUCCUUUUUCAUACAGAUGACUUGAAAUGUUGAUGUAGUAAAAAUGAACAAGCCCAAAAUGGCCACAGAGAAGGGGGUUCCCAGUAACUCCAGGAUAGUGAUGCUUCUGGGCCAACUGGAAAGGAUGAAUGGUGAGGCCAUGGUCAGGGAUGUCGAAACAGCAAGACAGGUCACUACAAAGAUCCUUCAUCUCAUACAGACACAGGGUAAGAAUGUGUGUAAACAUGCACAGUGAUACAUGUAAUCUCCUGAACUCCGGUAUAGUUUUGUUAUCUUGAGCCAAGUGCGAUCUCAGUGAGCAGUCCUGGCCUUGAAUUGCAUUGCUGGCAGUGGAAACAGCUGCAAAAUAUUCAGGCACUGUAACAAGUUAUAAAACAGCAUUUCCUUGCAAUUUGCAAAGUGAUUCGUUUGGAUUGUGUAAGCAAGUAUUCGACGUUAUUGAUCAGAGGUUUUUGAUCACCUCCAUAUUUUUGCUACAAAUGUUCCCUUGGACUCGCGAUAAGAUGCUUAGAAUUAGGAGGUCAAAGGUUCCUGUGAAAUCACUUUUUUUUAAAACUCCCAGUAAUUAUCUGGAAGAUCUUCAGUAUAUCUGUUGGACAUGUAUGAACGUGUACAGACAAGUACAUGUCUGUAAACUGCAUCUUUAGUUGUUGGAAUAGUGACGCAACCACAAAGUAGUAUAUUUAGUUCCAGGAUGCAAGUCUUGCUAAUGGGCAGUUGUUUGUGCAACUGUUUUAAAGCUCGUGUUUAAAAUGAAUGAGGAUACAACCCUAACCUUUAUUUUAAUGGUCAUGUAUGUAUAGACGCACCAGUCAUAACUGAUACAAUCAUUUCUUUCAAUUCUAGAAAAAGUUUGGCCUCAAAUAUGAAGUUUAAACAGCAUUUAAGAUGUAUUUGAAUGUAUUUAUAAUGUGCAUGCACCCACAUUUAUAAGACUAACAGCUUAAUUGAAGGUGCUAACACAAUAAGUGUCUCUGGCUGAUCCCACAAAAUGAGCCCAAUGCCAAAGCACAAUAUGACUACAGUUAGCUGAGAAAUCUUUAUUACAAUAACCAUGGAUGGGAAUGAUAAUGAGUAGAUAUGCCUAAUGUGUCAGAGGGCACAGUUUUAGAGUGUGUUCAAACACAUCUGGUCUUUGUACAGAUGGAGGGUUUGCAGCAAAAUGAUUAAGUUAUCAGCAGAAGCUGUUGGAACUGUUUGGAUUUAAUCUUAAGACUUAAUUGGUUUCUGUUGGUUCUUGCUGUAAAUCAAUCAGUUUCUGAACAUUUAAUUUCUAUUAAAUGUACAUCAUUUUUAAGUUUGUACCAUUCGAAGUCUUUCAGUGGAACUAUAAUGACCAAGUGGAAGAGUUGGUUGUUAUUGUUUUAAGACUUAAAGGCAAAGAUCUGUGUGAAAGCUUUAAAGAACUCUUAUUUGUAUUUCAGUCAAAUGCAGCAGAAUCAGAGUUAUUGUCCAUUUAUUAAGUACAUUUCUUCCUCUCAAACCCAUCUGUACAUUUCACAAAUGCCUUGAUGCCUAGCUUCAGGUUGUGGGGAAAAUUCCCAAAUUCGUAGAAAACUUAAAGUGUGGUUGUUGUGUAAAUAGAGAUGCAGUAGUUCGUUGACAGUCAAGAUGUGACCCCCAUUCUCUGAUUACUCCUUGAAAGGAAAAUGGAGACGAAGAUCUCAUAACGGAAGAAGGUGGCACACCAGGUGUCGGACACACUGAUACAUGAGUGCGUCUCUGUUAGCAAGGAGCUAAUUACAAAAACGAAAAACAAACAGCAUUGUUCUGCUGCUGUAACAAUUAAAAAUUAAAGGACUUGCUUAAUUAACAAACUCACAGAGGCUUUUGAUCCUGUGUUUACAACAUUUAGUAUUUGAAACUCGUACCUCUAACCUUUACAAAGGUAAAGUUAUAAACCUUUAAAAAAAACCCACAAUCUUCAAAUAAUGCUAUCUUGCAAAAAAAAUCAAUUUUUGCAAGAUUUUUGUUUGUUUUUACUUAUAAUAACAUAAUAAUAACAAUAUUAGUAGUAGUAUAAUUAUAUAAUACUACUACUACUAAUAAUAAUUAUAAUAAACUAAUGUUGUCCUGUAGCACAGUUUUAAGUUACUGGUUUUCAGUGCUUGUCAGUCCCCUCCUCCUUUGAGAAAUUCUGCUGAAUCAUGACAUGAUGUGAUUUCCAACUACUUCUUCUCUCUUACUUUUCUUAAAUUUCACCUUUCGUCUUUCCGUAACUUGUUGCUUCCUCCUUCAAAGCAAAGUCCUAGCUAAUCUAUCAUGAAUGAUGGGCACAGUGGAAAGGCUUGUCUGUGACUCUAUCAAUCAUGCAAUAUCAGCUGUUCCUCUCUCACCUGUUGCUUGGCUGUCUGUGACACCAUGCCUGCAGUCUCAACUUGAAAUGUGUAUGAGUGUGACGUCGGUUUGAGGGAAGCGCCGAGGUCUGUAACCCUGCAUGCAGUAACUAUACACCCCAGGAUGGACUUUGCUGUACUCUUGUCUCAAGUUCAGGGUCUCAGGAGCUUAAGAGGCAGUCAAGAAAUACCAUGAGAAAGAACAAGGGAAUGUCAGGUGCUGUAAGGGCAGACAAAAUGUCAUCUCUUGAAAUAAUUUUAAAAGGGAAAAGGAAGAUAAUUACUCCACAUACUGUACCUUUGGACAUUUGGUUUACUGCAAAAUGAAUGAAAUUUUGAAUUUUCUCCGUAUUGCAUGGAUCCUGUGGGAAUUGUAGUGUCUGUUUUAAUUUGGUGGUAAUGUAUCAUCUACCCCCUCUGCAUAAACAGAGUUGUCUUAUGCUGAUGUCUAUAGGAGCUGUCUGUGGAUUAGUUUCAGGUAUCAAGGCAGAAGAGGGGCUGAUUACCAGCUUCAGAGAGCCCUGACUCAGAGGGCAGAGUUAGAGGUACGGUUGAAAAGUAGGAGGCUUGGACUGACUAAUUGAGGAGUUAGUGAAAAGCAUUGAUUUUCAAUCUUUGACAACACAUGAUUUGAGGUGUCAAAGAGUUAAGCUUUUUGAAUCAGUUUUAGUACUUCUGUGGAAGCCUCAAUGGGAUCUUUUGGAAAAUAGACAUUGUUUCACGUAAAGCUUCUUAACUUUUUAUCCUCAAAUGGAGUACCGCUACACCAGGAGACACCAUCAAUCUGUGGUUUCCUUGGACACACCAGAGAAGAGUGGAAAAGAGGUCAUGUCCAAAGGCUCCAGCGGCAUGGAAGUCAUCCUGGCUUCACUGGCGAACAGCAGAGAUGUUCAGACCACCCUGAACAUCUUGUAUAUUCUUAGUGAGCUGCUGACUGUGGGCAGGGGUCGCAGGAUGGGAGUGUUUGUGUCCAAAGGAGGAACAGGAAUAUUAUUCCAGAUCCUGACCUCUGCCAGCAAAGAGUUGCCUCCCAGUGAGGAGCUCAUGCUACAGCUUCACUCACUCUUAGCCAAGGUUGGCCCAAAAGACAGAAAGUUUGGUGUGAAGGCCCGAUUGAGUGGAGCUCUGAACGUCACCAUCAGCCUGAUCAAACAGAAUCUACAGAAUGCCAAACUCCUUCUGCCCUGCCUGCAGGUUCUCAGGGUUUAUUCGGCCAACUCGGUGAAUGCAAUUUCUUUGGGCAAGAAUGGAGUAGUGGAACUGAUGUUCAAGAUUAUAGCACCAUACAGCAAGAAGAACACCAGCCUGCUCAAGGUAGCUCUGGAUGCACUUGGAGCACUUCUCAAAUCCAAAACUAACGCUCGUCGUGCAGUGGACGGCAGUCAUGUGCCCGCCUUGCUGGCUCUGUACCUGGAUUGGCAUCGCAAUGACGCACGUCAUCGUCACAUGUUGAUUCGCAAAGGGCUGCUGGUCUGCCUCAGGAACAUUACCAACAUCAAACUUGGGAGAAAGGCAUUCAUAGAGGCCGAUGGCAUGAGGAUCCUCUACAACACAUCUACCGAGUGUCUGCCGGUGCGAACUCUGGAUCCACUGAUCAACACUUCGAGUCUCAUCAUGAGGAAGUGUUUUCCUAAAAACCGUCUGCCUGUUCCUACCAUUAAAUCAGCUUUCCACUACCAGCUGCCUCAUGUACUUCCAGUUGGACCUGUGGCACAGCUGUACAGCCAGCCUCCUGGGGGAACAACAAGUCACCAGCUCAGCAACAAGCCCUUAAAGAAGGUGGAUGAUGUGGUGGAUGACAGCGACGAUAAUGAGGAGACGGAGGCAGAAACUGAUACUGACAAUGAAGAGGAUGAGAAAGCUCAUCGCACUUUGAACGAUGACAUAGAGACUGACCUGAACAAGCUGCAUCCCACAAAGAGCCCUGGUCGUCCAUUCGAGGAAUUGAGGGUAUAUGAGAGAUUCUUUCUGGAACUAUCUGAAGACUUUCAGGGGUAUAACUUUGAAGGCUCAAAAGGUGCCUCUUCUACUCCUUCAUCAGGAUCCCUUUCUUCAUCAUCAUCCUCAGCUCGAUCCACUCGUCCAAUCAUAGUGCCCACAGCUCAAGCCCUGUCCCCAAAGCACAUGGCGACACCAGCCUCUCAGGAGAUCUGGAACUCUAUCAAAGGACAACACACACAGCCACCUGCCUCUGCCACCUCUCGAACCCCCGCUGCUUCUCUAGCAUCUCUAGAACUGGACACGAUCCACCUCACCAAGGACCAUGACAAAAAAGAGGAGACUCACAUUCCUACCCCAGAUGGGCAUACAACCUUAUCCUCCUCCAUGCAUUCUCCUCAAGGCCAGAUGAUAGAACAGGGACUACCGCAUGCACUGGAUUGUGUCUCUCUAGAAGACAAGGGGGCUCUGAAUGUAGAGGACGGUUUAAAGGGAGUGAAACAAGAGGGAUCCCCAGUCAGUGCUACAAGACACAUACAGUCACCUCUGCUGUUGGGGGAUAUCGCUACACGUCGCGUGGGAGGAGGAGGUUCAGAUUGUGGAUCAGAGGGUGCUGAAGAUGAGGGAGGGGAAGGAGCGGUUCUGGAGGUGCCUGACACAGCCCUCCUCCUCCCGCUGCAUGACCCUGACCUAUACGUGGAGAUGGUGAAGGGGACACGUUCUGUCCCACAGUACGCUGAAGUGGCUUACCCAGACUACUUUGGCCAUGUAGCCCCAACUUUUAAGGAGCCCCUUCUGGAAAGAGUUUAUGGUGUACAGAGAUCUAAGAUAUUCCAGGACAUUGAGAGGUUGAUUCACCCAAAUGAUAUCCUGGAUAAAGUGGUUUAUGACUUGGACAUUCCCAGUUGCCCUGUUAUUGAAGACAGUGGUGAAUCACUGAAGUUUAACUCUCAGUUUGAGUCUGGUAACCUCAGAAAGGCAAUUCAAGUUAGAAAGUAUGAGUAUGACCUUGUGUUGAAUUCAGACAUCAACAGUAAUCACUACCACCAGUGGUUUUACUUAGAAGUGAGUGGGAUGCGUGUUGGGACCACCUACCGUUUCAACAUCAUUAACUGUGAGAAGUCAAACAGCCAGUUCAACUACGGCAUGCAGGUGCUGAUGUACUCGGUGCAGGAGGCAAUCAGUGGCAGACCUCGCUGGGUUAGAACGGGAACAGACAUCUGUUACUACAAGAAUCACUUUGCAAGGAGUUCCAUCGCAGCUGGUGGUCAGAAAGGAAAAUCGUAUUUCACUCUGACCUUCAGCACAACCUUCAGCCAUAAAGAUGACGUCUGCUACUUUGCCUAUCAUUACCCUUAUACAUACUCUACGCUCAAGAUGCACCUGGCCAAACUGGAGGCACUGAGGACCCCUCAUAUCUACCUGAGACAGGACGUGCUGUGCGAAACCCUCGGGGGGAACAUCUGCCCCCUUCUUACCAUCACUGCCAUGCCCGAGUCCAACUCAAAUGAUCACAUCUGUCAAUUUAGGAACCGUCCAUUGAUCUUCCUGUCUGCCAGAGUGCACCCCGGAGAGACCAAUGCCAGCUGGGUAAUGAAGGGCACGCUGGAAUUCUUAAUGGGCACGAGCCCACUGGCAGCCAGCCUGAGGGAGGCCUACAUCUUCAAGAUAGUGCCCAUGCUCAACCCUGAUGGAGUUAUAAAUGGGAAUCAUCGUUGUUCUCUGAGUGGGGAGGAUUUGAAUCGCCAGUGGCAGAAUCCCAAUCCUGAGCUCCACCCCACCAUCUACCACACUAAGAGCCUGCUGCAGUACCUUGCACACAUACAGAGGGCACCACUGGUAUUUUGCGACUACCACGGUCAUUCCAGGAAGAAGAAUGUGUUCAUGUACGGCUGCAGCGUAAAGGAGACAGUUUGGCAGUCCAAUAUCAGUGCUACAUCGAGCGACUUGCACGAGGACCUUGGAUACAGGACCCUUCCCAAGAUCCUGUCCCAAAUCGCUCCAGCCUUCAGCAUGGCUAGCUGCAGUUUUGUUGUGGAGCGCUCCAAAGAGGCAACCGCCCGCGUGGUUGUCUGGCGAGAGAUCGGAGUGCAACGCAGCUAUACAAUGGAGAGCACGCUCUGCGGCUGUGAUCAGGGCAAAUAUAAGGGUCUUCAGAUCGGCACCAGAGAGCUGGAGGAGAUGGGAGCUCAGUUCUGCGUGGCACUGCUGAGGCUGAAGAGGCUGACCGGGCUCCGGAACCACCAACACCUACUGGAUUUGGAGAGCGAUAUUAUUGGGACACAGUCCAAAGUGGUCAGCCCAACUACUUAUGUGAUGGAGGAGGACGAGCCGUCCUUUCUGGAGGCUAUAGACUACAGCGCAGAAAGUGACAAUGAAGACGCGGAGCCCGAAAACGAGCACGGCAACAACGUCCACGAGAAUCCCGACCACCUCGAUCAACUGUCCGACUCGUACUAAUCGCAGGGAUCAGCGCUGCGGGGUUAAUCUCAUCUGUACCUGGCAGUUUGAGCUUACAAACAGCUGGUGCCUGGGCUUUUAGAUGAUCUAAAUUUAAAGAUUUCACAGGUGACAUAGCAACACUUCUCACAUUGACUGCUGGAUAAAUAGCAUAGAUUUAAACCUGACCCUGUUGUAAAUACAAAUCCAAAUGGUACAUAAGCACCACACAGGUGUGUGUCGACCUGAUAGAUUUACUCUUGUCUAUGCGGCUGACGUGCUGCUCUUAACGGUACUCCACCUGCCUUUCACUUCAGAUAGACUGAUAUAAGCCACAGUAAUACAAAAAAUAAAGCUUCUAAUGAAUGUUUUCACCUUUCACUACCAGAAUUUAAUCAUCAUGAACUGUAAGCCUUGACCUCAGACACCAUAUAGCCUCUGAGAUUCACAUAUAGCUGCACAGGGCUGCAACCAGCAGGCACUUUGGACAUUUAACUUGAACCCCGGUCCACUCGCUGCUCCUUUUUUAUCACCUCCAAACUCACGCUGAAGCUUUCUGCCAAGGUUGUAGUUGUAUAAUAGAGCCAGUGGCUUCUGUAGGCUUUGAAAGCCCUGUCAUCUGUGACGCUGUGUUUGAUAGAAACACUUCUGCAGGUGAUUUAGGGAAACUGGAUCUCCUUCACUGGCCAGCACCGAGAUCCAAUCUGCCUGCCUUCUUAUUUCCUCUUUCUAGCUUUCUUCAUUGUUGCCCUGCACUUUAACUUUGUAUUCAUUUAGUUUGUUCAGGCCUUCUUUGCUUGUCUCUUUCUUUUCUUUGAGAAGCCAAGGUAUCACUGUUGAAAUGGGAUGGACAGAUGAUCAAACAGCUCUCAUAUCUUAACAUCAUUUGAACAAGAACCAGCUCAGAUGUAACCAGACUUGAGCCGUGACCUUACUUCCUUCCCUCUUCGGCAACGCGACACGUGGGCCGAUCACCCAUGUGCUCUCUGCCUUGCUUUAUCCAAAACCGAAGCUAUUCAUAUCACACACAAGCAGAAUGUUCACGUCUUUAUAAAGACAAACCUUGUACAGUAUUUAAAACGUGGAUGUAAACACUGCAAACUAACAUCAGUGACACAUUUAGGUGGAAUGUAUAGCAUCCACAUGUCGGUGUUUUCAUUGUUUUUUAUGAACCGUGUUAGUAUAACAAAGUAGUGAUGAACAAGAAAGCAUGAGCUGCACAGAGAGCAGAAAAUCCUUGUGCACUUUGGACAAACACAAAUCACACAGAACAAAGACAAAGUGAAUGCGAGUAGUGUGGAAACCUCAUCUUUAGUCACCUCGUUUGUUUGAGCCCAGCCCAAAGCUCGACGGUAACACUUCUCUUUUGUCUAUACUGGAAUGUUUUUCCCGUCGUUGUUCUUUCCUCUUGUGUGUAUAUUUUGUGGAGUUGUGUAGGACAGACCCAUGCGUAAAAACAGAUGGUGCUGAGUAUCAAAUUGUUUUUUUCCCUGCUCAUAGAGAUGUGUUUCUGUUGUACAGGUUGAUUUGUUUGUUUGUUUUUUGCUUGCUGUUUUUAAAUUAUUAAGUAUUUUUUGUGUGAUGCUUCCUGUACGUACAUUUUUCUGUGUGGGUGCAGACUGUGUGUGCACAUUUGCAGGAGUUUAAGUUAUUCCAUUAUUCUGCUCAGCUAAUGCUCUUAAAGUGUGUUUCUGCUUUCAAUUUGAUUAUCCACUCUAACUCGGCUUCACUCCCCCAAUAAUUUUUUCGCUCCUCUCUUUCCUUCUAAACCCAUUUCACUCCUCUGUUUUCUGUCCUUUGCUUCCUUUUAAGUUUUGUUUGGGACAUCUUAGAAACACAGCAUUAUUGUCGUGCGUGUGCAUGUGUGUGUGUGUGUGUGUUUGAGGGAUAUCCACGUGUAAUUUCAGUAUAAUAUGCGAUACGUGUCUGUCAUAUUUCUGUCUCUUGCAGCUUAUGUGCAAUGCUGGGCUGCGUUUGUUGGGAUAGUUAUUCAUUUUAAGUUGAUUGUACUGCAGAAAAUAAAAGCUAAGACUGAAUACAUGGGAAAUAAAAUGUGAAUAUGGUAAACUGCUGCAUUUUAUUUAUUUCAUAUUUAGUUUUUUGUUCCUGAACUGUACACUUUUCACUGUGAUACUGACGUGUGUUUUGUGAAACUUGAGUGAGCAUGAAAUUCACAUAAAAUCUGUCCUCAUGGAAACAUUUCUCUUUGAAUUUAAUAAAACAACUGUAAUUGAUCCUAAAGAUAUGAGAAGCAAAACACAUUAAAAGAGCUUCUUUUCAGGCUGUGUUGACUUUCAAGCUUGUAAACUCUGGUUUUGGUUUCAAUAAAUCACUGCACCCGUUUCCUG